CGUCUCGGCAACCGCGCGCCUCCAUGCGCAGUCAAAUGGCGCCUCUCCAGAGAGACACAGCGACCAGUCCGACCAGCUGAUGUUAAUUAGAGCAGAUAGCGCUUCUCUGAUAUAUUAGCCUCUUUCUGUGCUUUGGUUAUGUGAGCUAUUUUUUUUUUUAUUUGUCUGUGACAAAUGUGGACGAAUGGGAAGACGUGCUUAGUUGUGCAUGGAGCUGAUGGCAUUCUUAUAACGGAUUGACAACUAACGUUAAUAGAUUCAUCGUAAGACCUGUGAUCAGGGAGCAUCUCUUCAGUGUAGUGAGGACAAGAGGCUGUGGUGACUCACUGCAUGCUGAUUACCAACUUUACAUCAAGAGAGAUGUACCGAUGUCUACUGGACCAUAAAAUCAGCCCACAUCAGCGGUGGCACAUAAUUCUAGGACAUAUAAGGCCCAGUCCAACCCUUAUAUUUUCUUAUAUACAACAUGGUGUUUGGAUGUAUGAUUAAAUUACAGACCUUCAGUCAAACUCCACUAUCACAUAAGCAUUUAUGUAUCUUGGCAUGUGUAGUGUGUUAAGAAAUUCACAUUUAAGAGUAAUAUUUCUUUUAGAACUUUUUAAAGAGGUUCAUUUGCCUCUUUAAGACGCGAGCUGUAACGUCCUGCUGUGGCUAAAAGUAGAAUGUUAUGAAUAUAUCAUACAAAUAUGCGAAAUGUACGAGUGUCAUUUAAGAUUUAUACUUUCUUCUGCAAAUCACCAGAUUGUACUCCUUCACAGGCCUCAUGUUUGACCCACAUUGCCUAAAAUUUCACAUGUUUGUGGACUUCUGAUUUUGAUUAAAUCACAUGAUCUGCUGUGUCCCAGAUCUGCGUACCAUGAGCAGCUCUCGCUACGAACCCAGCUGGGAUGUGGACCUGGCGCCCCUUCUGUCCUGUAAACUGUGCCUGGGAGAGUUUCCCCUGGAACAGAUGACCACCAUCUCCCAGUGCCAGUGCAUAUUUUGCAGUCUGUGUUUGAAGCAAUAUGUUGAACUCCUCAUUAAAGAAGGCCUUGAAACGGCUAUUAGCUGUCCAGACUCUGCCUGUCCAAAAAGGGGACAUUUGCUGGAAAACGAGAUUGAGUUUAUGGUGGCUAGCGAGGUCAUGCAACGUUAUAAGAGACUUCAGUUUGAGCGAGAGGUGCUUCUGGAUCCUUGUCGGACCUGGUGCCCAUCGUCCUCAUGCCAAGCUGUGUGCCAGCUGAAUGAAUCAGAGGUGCAGCUGCCGCAGCCGGUGCAGUGCCCUCAGUGCAGUCUGCGUUUCUGCUCUGCCUGCAGGGCAGACUGUCACAGCGGCCAGGCAUGUCAGGAGAGCGUGCCAAUUACCACCUUCCUGCCGGGCGAAAACAGCUCCAAUGUUAAGAGUGAGGAGGACGAGGCUCCGAUCAAACGCUGUCCAAAAUGUAAAGUUUACAUUGAGAGAGAUGAAGGCUGUGCCCAGAUGAUGUGUAAGAACUGCAAGCACGCCUUCUGCUGGUACUGCCUGGAGUCAUUAGAUGAUGACUUUUUACUGAUCCACUAUGAUAAAGGACCCUGCCGGAAUAAACUGGGUCAUUCCAGAGCCUCCGUCAUCUGGCAUCGGACACAGGUUGUUGGGAUUUUUGCUGGCUUCGGUCUGCUGUUACUAGUGGCCUCUCCUUUCCUUUUGCUGGCCACUCCUUUCGUGCUUUGCUGCAAGUGCAAGUGUAAACGUGGCGACGACGACCCUCUUCCAACCUAGACCUCCGUUUCGGCUUCCUGGGAUUAAUUGAUCGAGGAUCGGCUGUGAUCCCGUCUUGUUCUACUGAGCACACUUUGCAGGUGCAUUGGCAAAAGACCCGUCUGUUCGUGAGACUGUUCUUCAGAGUAUGCUGACUCGCGUUGAAAGGUGUUACGGAGGAGCGGAGAAGGUUAUUGGAUGAGCCGGUGAAGUUAAACAGACCUGUAGUGUUUGGAAGCAAACCCUUUUGUUACACAUUGUCUUGUAUCUCGUUUACUUCACUUUACGUGGUAUUAAGGUUAACCAAGCUAUUUUCGAUGUUGUUGUUGGUGGUGUUUAUCCUGAGAUAUAACGAACACUUGACAGGAAAACGUUUCUUAGCAGUGCUUUUUAUUAAUUUUCUCGUAGCAUAGUCACAUAACCUUAAUAUCUCGGUUUCAAUUUAAUUGCAUAUGCAUGCUGGUGGCCGAGGAUGUCUCACUUUCGUACCUCGCACACAGGGGCUUUAAUGAGCCUCAGACUACCACUUGCUUUUAUAUGCUUCCUAUACGCUCUUUCAUAGGACAGUAAAACCUUGUUCUUCCAUUUGAAUCUUCUCAGAUACUGUACACACACCAUAGACGUAGCAGACAUGUCACCUGAUGCCUUCUCGAAGCUUGUAGGUUUGGGAGUUGCUGAGAGAUUUUAUUAUCAUGGUAUCAGACAGUGGGUCACAUAUCAAUCACUGAUUAUAACAGAGCUUUCACAAGCAUAUCAUUAAAGUAAGCUAAUAUUUUAUACAUGUUGUAAAUGAUGUCCGCUACACAUGCAUUCUGUUGACAUAACACACACAUGUUGGAUUUUGUUUGUUUUUCCAACCCCAGAAGGGUCUUAUCCAGAACCUGUUGAAAAUGCAACUGCAACCUGCAUUACCAUGUGCCUGCCAAUUUAGGUCAAAGUAAUCAGGCCAGUGAGGCUUAACUUCUUACUUUUCAGGUCACUCUAGGAGUUACGUAUUUAUUUAAUUUUUGUCCUUUUUUUUGUUUAAAUACUUUGGGAAUAAUUUGCCAAAUGUGAUGCGUAAGCCCACGUUCACUGUCUAGCACAUUAAUAACUAGUUGAUGAUAAACCUAAUUUUUGUUUUUGUUCUUUGUUAAAAACGGUAUGCCUUUUCAAUGUUUUUUUUUUUUUUUUUUUAAUUGUCACUAACUGUAUAUAAUGUGUAUUUACAUGUACAUGUUUUUCACGUUUAAAUAUAUUAUUAUGCUGCA